AUGGGCUCGCUGGGCUGCGGAAGCGGUGGGGGAUGGGGAAGUGCGCCGGGGCGAGCUCAUGGGGCGAUGGCGGCGGUUCAGCUGAUCAACGGCGGGUACCACGUCAUCACCAAGGUGGCCCUCAAUGUUGGGGUCAACCAGGUUGUGUUCUGCGUCGUCCGGGACCUCCUCGCCAUCUCCAUCCUCGCUCCCGUCGCCUACUUCCGUGAGAAGCGUCUGUACGGCCCUCGGAAACGCCGAACCCUUUCUACUUUGCUCUGCUCUGUGAUUUUAUUAGUCCGUCGGCUGUUCCGGCAAUCGGGAAAGCUUUGAACAGAUCUGGUCCCUCCCCUCUAUUUACGUCACCGCAAUUCAUUGUUCUCGAGCCUAGAAUCUUUGCUUCUCCUGAUUUUUGAGUGACUAGCGGACCGCAACCGUGCUGGUUCCAGUUUUGGUUUUCUUUUCUGGACGAAAUUACACUGUCUAUUGGGUGUUUUGUUACUCGAACGGAACCUUUUUCUCCAAUUUAUUUCUGAUCAUUGCAUCUUGAUAAAUGAUUGAAGACGAUGAAUCCAAAUCUUAUGCCUGUGAUCAAUAGGACUUUGAUUGGAAGCCGAUAGUGUAGAUCCCCGCUGAUCUAACACUUCAGAAAUUAAAAAUGAAAGAAUCCACGGCCAUUCUAUUCUUAGGGCGCCGUCUUUAGGUUGUGCUUGGUCGUUGGAGAAUCUGCAGCACUGCUACUUGUGGCAGCGGUGAACGCACCAAAGAUGGCAAUAUUCUUUCGUACUGGACCGUAUCCUUGAAUAUUCUUGGAUUCAUCUGAUUGGUAAACGUAAGAAGUUCUUGUUAAUUGUGCCCUUCUCGUUUUCCUGUCGUUCUUGGUUGUCCUGUGAUCAACACCGAAAACACGUAAUUUCAUUGCCAGAAAUAGGACGACCCAAUUCCAUUUCCACAUGAGAGCCUAACGCAAAACGCACAUCCUUUUUGCCAGGGAACAUGAGGUCCCAGCCCAAAUAUGGCGAGUCUUCAGUGUUCCCUUUGAUGUUUUAAAAUUCAGAAUGUACAUGCUGUUUGUGUGAAAAGCUGAAUUAAAGACACUUGCCUGCCAGAUUAUCUUUUCAAGGACAGAACUGGAUUAUUUGUCAAUUCCACUGCCUUAUUGUGUAAUAUUUCGUACUUUUUUCGUUCCAUUGCUUCUAUGUCAGUGCAUCUAUGAAAAUUUCAUCUCUUAGAUAAAUUUCUUUGAUAUCAUUUGCAUGUCGUCGGGAAUCAUUGAUAUUGUUAGAGUAUGCAACGGUCCAAUCACGAUAAUCCUCUGGAAGAGAUUAUUAAAGGGUUUUGCUUAAUGGGUAAAUUUUAGUUUGGGCCCCUAUCACCAUGUGGAGGUGAGAAAGCAGACACGCACAUAAACAUGAGUAGUGGGUUCCCUUUCAAUCUGCUACAACACAGCAUGUUGCCACUUUUUUGCCGAAGCUUGUGAUCUGCUAAAAUAAUGCAUGUAAUAGCCCUGUAGAAGAUUGGUCUUGUUUGCCAAAUAUUCGCUUUUCCGAGGGAUUUUGCUGCUUCUAGUACGUCUGAUAUCUCUUCAUGCAGAUAACCUGUAAGAAGGGAUAAAUGUCUUCUGAAUAGCUCUUUUAUCAGUUUUUACUAGUUGAAUGCUGCUGUUUCAUAAGAGUCUCUCAGUGGUUAGUACAGGGAUAACUUUGUUAGAAUGUAAUGUGUUUCUUUUCCUUGGCGCUUUGCAGAAGGGCUCACCUUCCACUUACUCGACGCCUGUUCAUAUCCUUUUUUUUUCUUGGGUUAACUGGGUCAGUAUUUCUGAUAUAACUCGUUUAAGCGUUCUGAUGUUAUUCCCUGUUUAUUCUGCGCUGUAAAUACAUUUCAGAAUGAAAACUUCUUGCUAAAACCUUUCAACAGGAUUUUUGGCAACCAGCUAUUAUUUCUUCUUGGUCUUAGCUAUACGAACCCAUCAUAUGCAGCAGCUAUUCAACCUGCAAUACCAGUUUUCACAUUUCUUCUAGCAUUAGCAAUGGGGUAUAUUCUUUUCAUUCGAAACCAUCAUGUGUAAAUCUCCUGUAGAGUUUUUUUUCUGGGCUUCAAGUAACCCAUGAAUUUGCUGCAUGCAGCAACGAAUCAGUCAAUCUGCUCAAAAUUGAAGGUCAGGUAAAGGUGGGAGGCUCUGUGAUUUGUAUCUUUGGAGCCAUAAUAAUGGUUCUAUACAGAGGCCCGGCUGUAAUUGGGGACAACUCUUUUGAGCUGGCUGUUCAAAGUGAGAUAAGUGCAAUGCCUCAGCCGGAGCCAGUUGGUUGGCUGACCACUCAUUUGAUCACUCUUGGUUUCGAACAGUGGCACAUUGGUGUCUUAUGUUUGAUAGGAAACUGUAUGUGCAUGGCAACUUAUCUAGCUUUACAGGUAACUAGAUGAAGAAUUGUUUAUAUUUGUAACGGAGUUUGACAAUUAUUGUUACGGAAUACAAUGCUCAUAUCAUCUCCACUUGUAUGUGUUCUCAUGGAUCUUAGCUGUAUGAACCAGGUGGGUCUAAAUUAGUCGUGUAACAAAAAAAUAGCUAUUUGUGUUUAUGUCACAGAUAACGUUUUUACACUUUUAGUUCAAUAUUUUGUGUGAAUACCUGAACUUAAUGGAAUUUCAUUAUGUGGAGCUCAGAGAGGCCAUUACUAUUCAAUUUGCCAAUCAUCUUGUUGGACGCCACAUGCAGCACAAAAUAUGAUAACACUCGUACAUGAGGUUAAAGAGAAUGUUGGACCUCAAUGUGAACUUCAACUUCCAAAACAAAGACUCAAUAUGCAUCCACCUUGCUGCAUGGUUUUUACUACUUUUUCAAUGUUUAUUAUAAUGGUGUAUCAAAAAUUUUAAAUAAUGGUUGAUUUUUUACAUCAGUAACUUUUCUCUAGAAAGUUUAUUUUUGUGUAAAAGAAGAUACCUUAUUUGAUACAUGAACUUAUGCCUAUAUGGCUCAUCAUGUUGAUUAUAUCUUUGCAUUUAGUUUGGAUCAUAAAACUUUCUCAAUAAUUUCAGGCGCCACUUCUGGUGAUGUAUCCUGCCAGCAUAUCUUUGACCACAUAUUCAUACUUUUUCGGUGGACUUUUGAUGUUGUUAACUGGAUUGUUCUCGACAACUUCUCUGGCGGAUUGGACCUUGACACAGACUGAAAUUAUCGCAAUCGUGUAUGCUGUGAGUUUCUCGCUGUUAUGCUGUAACAUCUUAUUUAUCUUCCAAAUGUAUCCUUUUCUUUGAAAGAUUCAUCGAUCAAUAUCAUAUUUAUCUCUAGGUUACCUCUAAGCCAGAGGUGUCUCUAUACAGAAAGUUCCCAAAUAGUCAGAAAUUAAUUGGAAUAGUAAUUUUCUUCUUAUGAUAAAUGCUGCCCUGUUGUGUAUAUUAAAAAGUUCCUUCUCUACGUGGUGGAAUUAAAGUCUUUCAUUUACCUUUGCAGGGGGUUAUUGCCUCUGCUCUAAACUAUGGAUUGAUGACAUGGUCCAAUAAAAUUUUGGGACCAGCGCUGGUUUCUUUAUAUAUGCCACUUCAACCAGUGGCAUCUGCCAUUUUAUCGAUGGUUUUCCUGGGGAGCCCUAUUUAUUUGGGAAGGUUCGGCACAAACCUUUAACUCAAUGAUGAUGCUGCUUUCCUGGGUUUUUUCCCUUCCAAUUCUGUUUUGGUUUCCACCAACCUUUAACUCAGUGAUGAUGUUCUUUUGUCGGGUUUUUUCCUUCCAAUUCUGUUGCUUUCCACUUAACUUUGGAGAAAGAUCAUAUUUCAUUCCUCAGAAUCAUAUACCCAGUUCUUCCACUGUGAUGGACCUUGGAUUUUCCUAUCAGCUCUAAGAUCCUGCUAGGCAUGUUUAAAACCCUAGUUUUGUGGACGUCAAACGGACUUAAAGUAACCAAAUUGUUCCUGGAACAUGAAUGAGGGGUGUGAGAACCAGCUCCAUUCCUUAUAACUGUUACAUCAAUGUCUCUAAUUCAUGGUUCUUAACCCAGAUGCCCUUCCAACCAUCGUUUUGUUUCCAGUUCCUGUGAUUGGAACCAUAUCUUCUUAUUACCUUCCAAUCUCUUCCAAACUCAGGACAUAGCAGGCUCCGUUGUUUAAAAAGGAAUGCGUACUCCGUUUAGUGGUAACAUAAGAACGUAGUGAGCAUGUAUGCAUUGCCAUUUAUCAUUGAGGAUAAUUUGCUAUUACAGCUAGGGUCACAGAGGACAGAAUGAUGGAGACAAUGAGGGGAAUAAGAAUUAAAAAAAAAAAGCAUAAAAGAAGAGGAUGAAUUGUAUUGGGUGAAAGUUAGAAGAGAGAUCAGGUCGGCUGUUUUCGGUUAGCUUUGAAAAAGAGUGCCAGGGAAAGUCCGUGGUUUGGGUUCAGAGUGUAUAUGAUGUGCCCUCCAUCCUUCUAGAUAAAUUUUGUGAGUUCAUGAUAUGGUCAGAUCCUUUGAGUUUUCAACUCCCCAAAGAUAUCGACAUCAGCUCCAAAAGUGGAGAAUCUCCUCCAAUUGCUGAAGAUACUUCUUUUUAUUUAGCUCAUCUUAGAAUUUUCUCACCGUCUGGCUUUGGAAUAGUGUUUUAGUCUAACACCAUACAGUCAUGGAGGAUCACACAAAUUUGAGCGUAUAAAAUGAUAAUAGAGGGGGAAUCUCAUCAGUGAUUCGUUUCUCGUCUCGUGUUACGUCAUAUGGGAAAAAUAUUAUUUCUUUCGGGAUUUUAGCCAUUGGGCUUGCUUGCUGAAAUGUCUCAUCAUCCUGUACACGCAGGAUGUAAUAUCUGCUGAUGAAAAUUUAUCUGGCAAUUCCUUUUCCCUCUUCUCUCUCUUCUUACUGUUGCUUUCUCCUAAGCAGCAUCACAGGUGGAUGCCUCAUCGUGAUCGGCUUAAACCUGGUGACAUGGGCUCGCUUCAAGGAGGGACAGGCAGCCACGGCCAUCUCACAUGUGGACCGAGACUCUUGA